GACAUUACACACCAUUCAAACAAACUAAGAAAAAGAAUAGAAAACAAAGAAAACAAAAAUGGCAACAAGCAUGAAAUUAGCAUGUGUUGCUUUGGUGAUGUGCAUGGUAGUUAUUGCGCCUAUGGCAGAAGCUGCUUUGUCAUGUGGAACUGUAUCCGGUGAUUUGGCUCCAUGCCUUACUUAUCUUCAAGCUCCUAAUAAUGCCAGUCCUCCACCGCCAUGCUGUGCAGGAGUGAAGAAGCUUCUUGGUGCUGCCACCACGACGCCUGAUCGUCAGGCUGCCUGUAACUGCUUGAAAUCAGCUGCCGGUUCUAUUUCUAGAUUGAAUACUAACAAUGCUGCUGCUCUCCCGGGCAAAUGCGGUGUUAGCAUUCCUUACAAGAUCAGUACCUCCACCAACUGUAACACCAUUAAGUUUUGAAGAUGAUGGUGCGGUUUCAAGAUUAUCUUAUGGAAACUUCUCACUAGUAUAUGAGAGUGCCAAUAAGUCCUACUGUUGUUAAGAAUAAUAUCCAACGAGAGUGAUGAAGGCUUAUCUUAUAUGUGGUCCUAUCUUCUUGUUGUACUAGAAUGUUUUGGAUUGUCACUUGCUUCAUGUGUGUCCUUGUAUCAAUAUACAUCUCCAUAUAAUGAAAUCUUAUAAUUGGGGUGUUA